GUUAGAAUAUUGGGUAUGAUUUUGCGCAAGCCGACUGGUGACACUGAUCUCUAGCUGCUGUUGUGUGUGUGCGUUCGUGUGCGCGACGAAAAAAUAUAAAAUCGUAACGAGCAGAGGAGAGGAGAAAAAAACGUGUGAAAACUACAUAAAAGAUCAAGAAAGCGGCGCUGUCGUCCAUUUUAACGCCUUCUUCGUCGUCGUCAGUGUUCGUUGUCGUCGUGUCUUCGUCGUCCUUGUUUCAUUUUGUGAUCAUCGUUCGUACAACACAACAACAACUACCGCUACAAGAACAGCUAGAUCAUCACAACAUCAUGCAAUUACCAACGCUUUAAGAGUUCGUCAACCUCUAAGGAUCUAGGACAGAGAGAAACACCAAAAAACAAAACAAAAACAAAAAUACAAAUAAAAAUAAUAAAAAAGAAAGAAAGAAAAACAAAAAGAAACUAAAACCAAACCAACAGCAGAAAGGAGGCUCGCAAAUAUGUUUAGAAAUUUGCAAUAAUUAUAAGGAAGAAGAAGGAAGAAGCAGGAAACAGGAGGAGAAAACAGCCAAAAGAGAGAGAGAGAGAUAGAGGAAGCUGCGAGAAGAAACGGUAAAUCGCCAACCGUCGUAUGUGUGUUGGAUUUAUGUGUGUGUGUGAGCACAAAACGCAUAUCGCUCUGUCCCUCUCUUGUCGUGUACGCUUUUAAAUCAGGCACGGCCCUAGCCGCCCCGCCCCUACCGCCUCGCCCAGCCCGCCCCCACUGGAAAGGUCUCUGGCAAUUAUCCCCCCUCCCCCCCGCAAGGAUCAGGAACUUAUCAGGCACAGAUCACAGGUCAUAGGAGACCGAUGGCUCUCUCGCAAGAGCGGCAGGACAUCAGGGAGCAGCAGCAGCAGCAGCACCACCACCACCAGUAGCAGGUCAACAGCAAAUAGUUUAGCUCAGAACAUAAGGUCAAAGUGCAAAGGGGAUAAGGACAUCUCGAAAGGACUAACUAGAGACGGAAACCAAACCAAAAAGGAACUUAAAACAGGACUACCAAUUAGUAACACAUCGAAUCUAAAACAAAAGUUGAACAUCAAAGCAGGACAAUGGCUAGCACUUUGGAGGAGCCCGUCGCCACGGUUGUGGACGCGGUGGAGGAGUCGUGCGGCGCCGCCAACGGCAAUGCCAGCAUUAGCCUGAAGAGCGUGCUCAGCGACGACACCUCGUCCUCGUCCGUCCUGGAGGACACUGACGUCAACACGAGCAGCAGCAGCUCCGCCAGCUGCAGCAGCAGCUCCUCGAGCUCUAGCAGCAGCAGCUCUAGCUCGGGACUGUGCUCGGGAACGGAUACCGACACCGGCAAGGGUAGCAGCAAUGUGGGCAGCCUGGAUGUGACCAGUGUGAGCACGUCGAGCAUCGGCUCGGCCGGCUCCAUCACCUCCUCGGUGUCUACCGCCGGCUCUGGCGCCGCCUCGAUCAUGGCCAAUUCGAGCUCCUCCUCGGGCAUCGAGCUCGGUCUCGUUGUGGAUGUGGACAGCUCCGGGAGCAGUCAGGAGCUGAGCAGCCACGGCGUCACCGAGCUAGACUCGCUGGAGGACUCGUGCAGCGGCCUGAUCAAGGACGGUGACAAGUCCUGCAAGUUGUGCAGUGCUCGUCUGGUGAUGCCGCGCAUCCUGUCGUGUCUGCACGUCUUCUGCGAGGACUGCCUCCAGGCACUGGUCUCUAAGGAUGGCUCGUCGCUGGCAGCCAGUUCCCCGACCAGCUGCUCCUCGUCCUCAUUCGACGGCGGCAGCGAUCGUCUUAAUUCGCUGAUUCUCGAGUGCCCGGUCUGCAAGCAGGCCACCUCCUUGGGGCCCAAGGGCGUCAAGGGCCUGACCUGCGACUACAUUGUGACGAACAUACUCGACCUGUCCAAUCUGGAGUCGGAGCAUAUCGCCUGCACCUCCUGCAAGAGCAAGGAGGAGGCCAUCUCGCGGUGCAACGACUGCGCCAACUUUCUCUGCAGCGGCUGCGACAAUGCGCACAAGUACAUGCGCUGCUUCGAGAACCACCAGGUCGUCCGCAUCGAGGACCUGCAGAAGAACGUCCACGACAAGCUGAUCAUCCACAAGCCGGUCUGCUGCCGGCAGCAUGUGAGCGAGAAUCUCAAGUACUACUGCUUCACCUGCCGGGUGCCGACCUGCAACGACUGCCUCCUCAGCGAUCACAAGGGCAGCGACCAUCACUACGAGACGGCCACCGUGGCUGAGCAGGCGGUGCGCGCCGACCUCGAGCACACGCUGGGCGAGACCCUGAAGAAGGCCGAUUACUGCAACGAGGCAGGCGGCAAUCUCGGCUCGGCCCUGACCGAGCUCCAGUCGCAGCACGACUCGGUCCGUCAGCAGAUCGAGGACACGUACAAGAGCUACAAGCGAAUGCUGGAGGGAGUGAAGGACCAGCUGCUGAACGAACUGAGCCACCUGCACUCCGAGCGGGAGCUCAAGAUCAUGGACCUGAUGCAGAGCCUGGAGAACAACAUGGGCAAGCUGCAGCAGGCGGCCCAGUUCGGGCAGCGGGCCAUUGAGAAGGCCAAUGCCAUUGAGUUCCUGCUGCUCAAGCCGGUGAUCCAUGACCAGUGUUUGAAUCUCAUGGAGCAGACGCCAAAGUGCGAUGUCAAUUACCAGCUGCAGUUCGACUCGAAGCCGGAGAAGUUCGAGCAGUUCGCCCGCGAGGUGUUUGGCAAGUUCCAGACGGAGCAGAGCACCUCCAGUCCCAAGAAGGGUUCCAUGUCGCUGGUCCAGCAGCAGCAGCAGCAACCGCAGCCCCAGCAGCUCCAGCAGCAGCAUCAUCAGCAAGUACAGCAGCAGCAGGCGCAAGUGCAGCACCAACAGCAGGUGCAGCAGGCACAGCAGCACCAACAGCAGCAACUGCAACAGCUGCAACACCACCAGCAGCAACAGGCGCAGGGCUCCAGCAACCUGAUUGUGGGCCACCGCGGCAGCUCCUCGGUCCAGGGCCGUCUCAGCUCGGCUGUAUUCAGCCCCAUUUCGCUGCCCUCGUCCCUGCAGAGCUCCUUCGACGGGGACACCAACUCUGUGAUGACCAACUUCUCGAUGAUGGACUCGCCGCCGCAGCAACAGUCGCAGCAGCAACAGCAGCAGUCCCAGCAGCAGCAGCAACAGCAGGCGGUGGUGCUUCACCAGCAGCAGCAGCAGCAGCAACAACAACAGCAGCAGCAGCAACAGAAGCACCAGCAGCACCAGCACCAACAGCAACAGCAGGUCCUGCACCAGCAGGCUCAACUGGUGGCGCCCCAGAACAUUGUCCAGCAGGCUGGACACGUCAGCCUCAACGCCGGACCCGGUCCGAACCUGACGAUCAACGGCUUGGGAGCCGGCGGACCGCCGCCCAGCUUCAGCAUGCUGGAGUACAACAUUUCACGGCUGGCCAGCCUCACCGAACCCAUGCCCGAGACCCUGGGCGAUGCCCUGGCCGUCGGCGGUGCUGGCUCAGGACCCGGCUCGAGUGUGGCCCAAGUGACCGGUGGAGCUCCGGUUACGGGCGGGCCGGUCGUUGGCGCCCCCCAUCCGCAUCAGCAGCAACAGCAGGCAGUGAUUCCGGCCUCCGCCGUAACCCCCACCCAGCCCAUCACCCUGGCGGACAUCCUCUCUGGCGACCAGCGGGCUCUCAACAAUCUCCAGGCCCUGGCCAAGCUGGGAUUGAACAACAAUGAUGAUCUUUUGUCGAGCGGAAGCUCAACGGGAAUUGAUUUUUUAUCAGAUUUCUGCCUACCAGCGGCCCCCUCCCCCAGCCUCAAUCCGAUUGUGGGUGGCGUAGAGGACAUAGGACUCAACAAUUUCCAUGCCGUCGCCCCGCCCGGCACCACCAGCGUCGUCACCGGCCGCAACAAGGCCACACCCAUGCAGAUCCGCUGCAAGUUCGGCUCCCUCGGCACCGCCAAGGGUCAGUUCAACUCGCCCCACGGCUUCUGUCUGGGCGUGGACGAGGAGAUCAUUGUCGCGGACACGAACAAUCACCGUAUCGAGGUCUUUGACAAGAUGGGCGCCCUCAAGUUCCAGUUCGGCGUGGCUGGCAAGGAGGAGGGCCAGCUCUGGUAUCCGCGCAAGGUGGCUGUCAUGCACAACAACGGCAAGUUCGUGGUGUGCGAUCGCGGCAACGAGCGCUCCCGGAUGCAGAUCUUCUCCAAGUGUGGACACUUUAUGCGCAAGAUAGCCAUCAGGUACAUCGACAUCGUGGCCGGAUUGGCUGUCACCGCCAAGGGACACAUCGUGGCCGUGGACAGUGUCUCGCCCACCGUCUUUGUGAUCUCGGAGGAGGGCGAGCUGGUGCGCUGGUUCGAUUGCAGCGACUAUAUGCGUGAACCCUCAGACAUUGCCAUCCGAGACAACGACUUCUAUGUUUGCGAUUUCAAGGGCCAUUGCGUGGCCGUUUUCCAGGACGACGGAACAUUCCUCUAUCGCAUUGGCAACGAGAAGGUCACCUGCUUCCCCAACGGCAUCGACAUCUCGAAUGCCGGGGACGUCCUCAUCGGGGACUCGCACGGCAACCGCUUCCAUGUGGCCUGCUACUCGCGCGAGGGCGCCCUCCAGUCGGAGUUCGAGUGUCCACAUGUCAAGGUUUCCCGCUGCUGCGGCCUGAAGAUCACAUCGGAGGGGUAUGUGGUGACCCUCGCCAAGAACAAUCAUCAUGUUCUGGUCCUGAACACCCUCUAUGUUCACUGAUUGCAAAUCAAAGCGCGCAACAAUCGUCCAUCGGUCGAUAUGAACAAAUACAAUUACAAAUACUCGUCGGGAAAAAUUUAUGGCUGUCGACGUCAGCAACAGUCACAGUCACAGCAACAGCAACAACAAGCGCCACAGCAAUCAACAACAAUAACAACAACAACAACAACACUAGCAAGCAACACCUGCAACAUCAACAACAACAUGACCAACAACUUGAGCAACAGCUUGGGCAACAACUUGGGCAGGAAUUUGUUGGCAAGGAAGCAACAGCAACACAACAGCAAUCAACAGCAACAGCAUCCUUUGCCAACAUCAGUCAUCUAAAAGGAGAAUCGAAACUUUAUCAAGAACAUAGCAACGAUUUUGACAGAAAGCAGCAAGCACAGCAGAAACAGCAAACAGCAAUACCAACAAUAUAUCCAGAGAGCUAUCCAUACGAUGUAUGAUAUAUAUAUAUGUGACUAUAUAGGCGACAUACACACAUAUAUAUAUAUAUAUAGAUUUAUGAGAUAUAGGUAUAUACGCAUUGUGUAUAUGUUUAUGAGGAUGAGGACAAGUGGGGAGGACAAGACAAGUCUCGAAACACCAAAUAGAAAGAAUCCUUUUUAAGUAAACACCAGUGUUGCCAUUUUUUGUGAGCUAGGGACGCGGCAACUCUAUAACAACAACAACAACAACAACAACCUACAAAAUAACGAUAAACAAAAUGCAACAAAUACUAUUUUUGAUCUCUAAUUUAACAACAAUUAGCGCUACUACUAAACAAAAAAAAAAAAACAAAAAACAUCAACAAAUUUAACAAAGAAAAAACAAAAAAUAUUUUACCUAAUAUAUAAAAAAAAACAAAACGAAUAAGCAAAGAAAAGAACGACAAACGAUGGAGAAACUUGGGAUAUUUUAAAAAACUGUUUUUUAAGAAAAUCUUUUUAGAUUCUUUUCGGUUAUAUCUGAAUGUUUAGUUUGUUUUUUUUUUUUUUUAAUGGAUUUAUGUUCUUGUUAAAAAUUCGUCAUAAAAUACUAUCACACAUAUACACACAAACACUCACACACACACUACUAUACAUGUUACUUAUUAUCUAUAUAGACAUAUAUAUUGUUAUAUCGACCGAUUAGCUUUUUUGUGCAUACCCUUCCAGAAUCUUUUUUCUAAAAACAAAAAACAAAAAAAUACCAAAACGAAACACGCAUAUAUAUACAACACAUAUAUAUAUACAUAUAUAUAUAUAUAUCUACACCUAUAUAUCUAUGUAUAUCUAGAGGAAUGUGCAACUUUUGUGCACAUUGGGGUUUUUGCUAAAAAAAAAAAAAGAAAGGAGGAAAAUUGGCAAAAAGCGAGGUGGAGAAGGAGAGUAGGAAGGAAGGUUUAACAAUUUGUUGAUAAAGAGAGAAAGGAUGCGCGAACAGGCAAUAAUUCUAGAAGAUGAAAUCUAAGUAGUUUAUUUUGAUUUCAAAAAUAACUGAAACCAAAACCACUAACAAAAAACGAGAAAACGAGAAGAUGCAAAAAAAAAGAAGAUUUAUGAAAUAAACAACUUUUUAGGUUUUUCCUUACGCUGCUUAUAUAAGGUGAUAUCUAUUUAUAUAUAAAUAUAUAUAUGAAUAUAUGAAAAACAAAACAAAACAAAAAAAAAACUAUAUCUUAAACAUAUAUGUGAAAUCCUAUGACUAUAUGACUUUGCCAUAUAUAUACAAAAAAAAGAAAAAUAAAAAACAGGAUGUGAGGAGUGUCGUCAGGAGUUAGGCAUAUAGGUUAUAGGGGUACGGAAGUGGGUCAAGCACACACAGGCCGCGAGGCCAUCAGGUCAGGAUGUCAGGAGGUCAGGAGGUGGUAUCUUUACGUUAAUGUGUGUGUGUGUUUAUGAAACAUCAGCAACAAGAACUAUAGACAGCAAACUCAACAUACAAAUUAACUUUUAAGCUAACCAAACAAACAAAUGCGAUCCGCAUUAGGCCAAGAACUAUGACAGCAAUAACAAAACCAACAAAUGCAAAGUGUGAAGUGAGAAAUAACAAGAAACAAAAAACAUACAACAGUAAACAAAAACGUAUCUGUUAAGUUCUAAUAUACAUUGUUAAACAAAAAAAAAAAAAAAACGAUAUUCCUUUUGCUUAUAUAUACAAAAAAAAAAAAAACAAAACAAAAAAACAUAUGCAACACAUGUGCAUGUUAUCCAACAAACAAACAAACAAACAAACACACACACACAAGCAAACACUCACACACCAUUUAGGAUGAUAAAUAUACAUAUAUGUACGGAUACAUGCAACAUUUCUUUCCCGUUGUAAUACAAUAUAAGGCUGGUUUACUCCCAAGACAUUAUUAUUUUACAAAGAAAACUAAUCGAACGCGGCCGACCGUGUGUCUAAAUGUAUAUUAUUAUGAUUUAAUUUGUUGUUCUCUUAUAUACAUAUAUCUAUCUAUAUAUAUACCGUUUUUUUGAAUGUAUGAGAGAGAGAGAGAGAGAGAGUGGAAUUAGAAGAAAGGAUAACCAUCGAGUAAUGGCAAUUUAUUUUAAAUCAAGUUGAGCGAGAAAGCAAAGCGUCGAAGCAAGCAACUUAUUUUUUAUAGGCUGUAACACCACAUUUAUCAUUAAAAAAAAAAACAAACACACAACAUACACACACAACACACACACACACCACACAUACAACGAAACGAAUCUUUUGUUUUAAAAGAAAGAAACCAACAUAUUUAGGCUUUACUCGAUUCCUUUUAAAAAAUGUUUUAAACAACAACAAAAUAUCCUGCAUCCCCUUUGAGUUUUUUUUUAUUUUUUUCGUAUUUAGAAAAUGAAACACACACACACUGAAGAAAACUGUUUUCAAUCUUGUCAUUUAUUUUAUAAUUUUAAAUUAGUUUUAAACGAAAGAAAAAAAAAAAGAAGAAAAAGAUACAAUGUUAAAGAUACACUACACUUACACACAUUUGAUGAUUCUGUACUGUCAUACUUCUAAUUCGUUUAGUGUUAUACUGUUACGUGUGAGGCUACACCAUACAUAUACAUAUUCAAUACACACGCGUGUAAAUAUAAUUUAGGCUUAAAUUUAAUUUUAUAAUAAGAACUAAACUACGAGAACCAAGUGAAACGCUUCUGUUUAUGUUAUACCACUGAAAUUAUCAAACAUUUACCUAUACACAUUAUUUUAAUUAAUAUUAUAUUAUGUAACCCAAAGUUGUUGAAAGAGGAGGGGAGAUCAGGAGAAGAAUGUAGCGAGAGAGCAGAAGAAAGCGUAGAAGCAGGAGAAUGAGAGGGUAAAAGAAAAAUGCAAUUUUUUGUGAAACAAUUUGGCUGUUGAAUUAUGUAAUUUUUAAUUAAUUUACGCUUCGGACUUUCUCGUUUAUUAACUUAAGCCCCACAAAGCAAAGUGUUAUAUUUUACGUUCGAUAUUGUUUUUUUCUUUUUCUUUCACUUAUUUUUGUCACUUAUCUUAUUUAACAUGUAUUCCUUUUUAGUGUUUCCUUUGCCCUUUCCCACAUUCAUAUCCUUAGUUUUGUCGCUUCAUUAACUACGAAAGUAUUAAAGGGAGGAAACAUUUUUGCUAAAGAAUCACUCAAAUGCAAAUUAUACCAAAAUAUUUCUUUUAAAUUUAAACUUUUCCCCGUUCUUGUUUUUUUUUAUUUUCUGAACACUUAUUAUUUGUAAUUCUUCAAAGAUUCGAUUUUAUUUUGUAUCCUUUAUAACUUUAGUCCUUAUUUUAUUUGGGUUGCCUUCGCCUUAGUCAGCAGAAUUUCUGUAAAACAAACUCGAAAACUGUUAUACAAUUCAAAAACAAAAACAACAAAAAAACAAAAACAAAAAAACAUAAACUAAACUAUAAUCUAAAAAAAAGAAAAAUACCAUUUUACAUUUGUUUCUAGUUUUAUGGAAAGCCUUCAAAAUGAAAUUGUAAUUCCACACGCUUUUAUUUUAUAAAAACAACAACAACAACAAAUACAAAAACAAGAAUGAAUGAGAACAAGAGAAGAGCAAAGCAUUGAAACCUUUAUAUUUUAUGUUUUGUUUUUACAAUUUCUUUUGCUUUGUUGAACCACAAAAUACAAAAAACAACAAAAAAAAAAAAACAAACAAAAACAAGAAAAGUCAAUUUUUGCUUUAAAGAAAAUUAAAAAUUUUAAUUUUAGUUUUUAACACGAGAAUGAUAUUAAGUGAACCGUACAUGAUUUUUAUGCGAUGCGUUUAAAAGAUAAUAAUUUUCCACACCAAAACAAAAACAAAAACACACAAAACAAACAAGAAACAAAACAAAAAAACAAAAACAAAAAAAACAAAUUUAUUUCCUAUGGCAUACAAAUUUUUUAAGUGAGAAUACCAAAUAAACAAGAAAUGUGCUUAAGUUUAAAUCAAAUUUACAAUUUAGUUGAGAUUAUCCAAAAAACUUAACGACGAUAACGUUUUACUAACUACGUAUAACUAUAGGAUUUCUAGCGAAAUAUAUAUGAAUACCUAUAUAUAUUUAUACAUUUACAAUAACAACACACCUGUAUAUAUUUGCUAUUAUCUAUACAUUUAUGUACGAUUAGCGAAUGGCCUCGCGGGGGCGUGCCAGGGUCGAGGGCGGAUGGGGCGGGGGCGGGGCGUGGCUAAUGGGGGAGGGGCGGCAAAUAAAAACUAGUCACUAGUAGAACAAGACCCACACACAGCCCAGUGGACGGACGUAUUUGCCAUUUACCGACGAAACAGAACCCUGACCCCUAACCCAGUAACCUCUGACCUUCCCACCGCCCCAACUCCACCUCGCCAGCGCCCGCCUCCCACUUUCCACAUAAACAAAAAAGAAAGCAAUAAAAAUUCAAGUGUAGUAGCUGAUAUUUUCUUAGUUGCUUACCGUGUAAAAAAAAAACAAAAAAGAAAAAAAACAGAAAGAAAAAAAAUGUGACAAAAUGAGAAAGCUUUCCACCUCAACUCUACAUCUAUAUAUUUUCUACAAUCAUAUAUAUAUAUUUCAUAUAUGUAUUUCAAAUAUUAUAAUAUUAAAGUUUUUCCAUUUCGUUUGUAUUCCCUCUGACUUAUAUUUUCUUUCCACUCCGCAAUGGAAGUCCAUACAAACUAAUUAGAGAAUAUUUAACUUUAGAGACUAGAAGAGACAGAAGGAUAUGCAGGACACACACAGGACACAGGACACUUAGCAAACAGACACUAAACAAACAACCACAUGUUUCUCAAUCACUUGAUAUAUAAACAUAAAUAUAGUUACGUUAAUUCCUACUCUGCAUACGCAUACAUUAUUAAAAAGAAUUAUCAAUUUUUAUAUAGUCAUUAAUUGGCAAGGAUCAAGAAUUGAAGGACGGAUGAAGGACGAGAGGGAAACCUGUUUUUUUUUUUUAUAAAGAUGCUGCCAAAGAUUUUUAUACAAUCGAUGUGAAAAAAAAAGAAAAGAAAAGGAGAAUCGGAGAAGGAAUAUGUAACCAUGUGAAUUAUUGAAUUAAUAAUAUAAUUAAUCAAUUAUAUUGAAUAUUUAAUAUUGUCCACCUAAGUUUAAUGAAUAUUAUUUUUUAUUAUUUUUAGUUUAGUUAUAUGUCAAGUGUAUUAAGUUUGUUCUGUUUUUUUUUUUGUGGUCAAAAUAAACGGAAUGGAAAAUGCCAGAAAUAUUUUUGAGACUUUUGCUCAAAAUAAAACUCGUAAUAAUAAAAUACAAAAAUAGCGCUAUAAACGAAAAAAAAAUCUAUAACUAAUACCAAACUACUAACUAAAUGAUUGCCGAGGCGCGGAUUUGUUAAAUAAUUUGUUCCUCGUAAAAAAAAAGAAAAACAAAAACUUGAAUGAAUGAAAAAUUCAACAAAUUUCUGGUUGAGAUUAUGGAGCCGAUAUAUAGGACAUAUAACACUAUACAUAUACGAUAUACAUAUUGAACAUAUUGAAAAUAUACAAUUACGAAGCCAAGAAGGGAUGUGAUCUUGGGAACCGCCAAGGCGGAAACGGAAAUGGAAAUGGAAAUGUAGUCGGAAUCGGAAUGAGAAACCGAAACGGAAGGGUUUAGUUACUAACACUACACAACACAGACACACACACAUUCAGUACACUCGCCAUCAAAUGCCUAUUGCUCCAAACACACCACCACACACCAUCACCCACCACCACACCCCCCUUUCCAUGGUUUGCCUGUAUCAUAUUUGCAUUUAGUUCAAUUUUAAAACAAAAAAAAGCCUAAAAACUUAUUCAAAACUUAAUAAGAAGAAAUCGAAAAAAGGAAAAAAAAUUGACAAAAAAAAAAUACAAGUAAAAAUAAAAUAAAUGGAAUAUGAAACCAAAACAAACGCUUUAUACAUCAAAUUAUUUUAAUAUAAAUGUAUAAAAACAUAUAUCUAUAUAUACAUAUACAAGCAGACAUUUACAAAUAUAUUAUGUAUUUUAUUUAAUGCGAAAAGCGAAACAUUUUUAAAUGUAUUAGUCACGAACGGAACUCCAACUUCAAACCUAUAUAUAGAGACAGUGUCAGUCCCCAAGCAGAUGGCCGAUAACUAGCCAGGAUGUGUGGCGAUCGGAUCGAUAACAAAUCGAUGAAAGCGAUAGCGAAGAAAACAAAAAACAAAAAAAAAAAAACCAAAAACAAAUUUACUAAAUCGAUAUAUAUACAUGCGUACAUAUACUUACAUAUAUGUCAAACAAUAAUUGAUAGAAACCAAAACAACAACAGAAAUACAAUCUAGUGUACGUCAAUUUUUUGAUGAUAUUUUUCGCCUUAUUAUAGACAAACAAGAACAAACAAAAAAGAAAACCCCAAAAAAAGAAUUAAUAAUUAUUAAGUCGAUGGAUGUAAUGAUGGAUAUAAACAAUUUCAAAGUAAAAAUAGUUUAAACAACAAGGGAAUCAGUCGCAGUUGCUUCGGCUUCCAGUAUAGUAGAAUCACAUUUCUCGAUAAAAACCGAUAAAAAUCGAAAAAAAAUGGCGGCAAUUCGGGAAUUAUUUGCAGACGUAAGGACGAACACAUGUCAAGUUGAUAACGAAAAAAAAAAAAAAACAAAUUAAAACUUAACGACAAGCAAUCAAUUACCAAAAAACAAAAGGUAUAUAUUAUACAAAAAAAAUAUAUAUAUAUAUAUAGAAAUCAUUAAUAACAUUAAGCGAUGCAAACUGAAGCCGACAGAAGUCAGAAAUUAUGUAAUCAAAAGCAAGUUUACAAUACACACCACACAACCAAAAAAAAAAAAAACAAACACACACAAAACUAACAACCAAACAUUAUCAAAACUCAAAUCGAAACUCAAAGCAAGCAAAUCAAUUAGUAAGCCCAGAAAAAGCAAAGAAUUAAUAUAAAAAAAAAAAAUUUAACAACCCUCUACAGCCCGAAAAAGCUUUUUCUCAGGAUUUGCCUGCUAUGAAAUAAUUAUAGCAAAGUGACAGGAUACAAGUUCCUCAAUUUAUUCAAUUACGUAUUUAUUUAUUUUUGAAUAAUUUCAUUUUCUAACUCACGAUUGAUGUUGAGAAUCUGGGGAACCAGAUACUUUGGCAGACUCUAUCGGUUCAGUAUCGGUACAAUAUACAUACAUAUAUAGUUAUAUAUAUUGCCUCAAUCUCUGUUCAGAUAUUGCAUUUAAGUCAUCGACCAUUUAAUGCUUUUCGCUUGAUCUUAAUGUUUAGAAAAUACGUAGAAUCAAUCCGAGAGGCUCUGGACGAGUUGUUGUGUUAAAUUUGCGUACAUAUCACUGGAAAUUAUUUACAAUAUGCUACUAGAAAGGACAAAAAAAAAAAAAAUAACAAAAACGUAUAUGAGGGACAUUUUUUAGCAUAAUGUUUACACUAUGCUGAUAUUUAUACACCAAUAGAGGGAUUGGUUUUUGGAUUUGGUUUUACAACUAUGGUUUUUCUUCGAUUGAUUGUUGCUCACCUUUUUUGCCAGUGUAUGCCAGUGUGUGAGUGUGUGAGUGUAUGUAUGUAUGUAUGUAGUGUUUUUUAGGGAGCAUAUAUCCAAGCGAUCAUAUAGCGAUCUUGUAUAGAAGGACACCAAAACCAAACCAAACAAAAAAAAAAAAAACCAACAAGACACACAGAAACUAAAAAUAUAGUGCCAUGAUUUAGAGUACGAGGGGAAAUCGUUUAUUGAUGUGCUGUAACAUUUAGUGAGUCCUUUUCUGACAACCAACAACCAAACAAAUAUACAUACAUGAAUAUAUAUAUAUAUAUAUAUAUAUAAAUAUAUAUAUAGAUAUACACAUAUUUAUUAGAUUGUAUUAUAGAGACGAGAAAAAUAACGCAAACAAAUUUAGAGACAACCAAAUGCAAUAUUAAACAAGGAGAAUCCGAAAUAGAAAUACAAUUUUUCGCGCUUGGACUGGAAUGGUCAAGGAUCGAGGAUCGAGGAUCGGGAUCAGGAUCAGGACGGUCGUUGGGGGGGAAUAUGAAAACAGAAGCAAUUAAAAAGCUUUUAUUUUUCUAGAAUUUUAAAUUGUGAACCGCAAAACCAAAACCAAAACCGAACAACAACAACAACAACAACAACAAAGCAACCAGAAACUAAAAACCAACUUCCUAAUUUCUCUCAGUGUAAAACAAAAGCAACAACUUAAAUUUAACAACUACUCUAGUAUCAACAACUACAGAAUACUAGACUUAGGAAACAAAACAAAAAAAACUAUAGAGCAAUAACUAAAUAGCAAGUAAUGAGAAAACAAUUAAAAAAACAAACAAUUUUUCAAAAAUAUUGAAAACAUUAUUGAAACACUUUGUCUCUGGGGUUGUUAAAUACACGGAUAAAAACAAAUAACAUUUUUAUUGUGAGUAGCGAUUAAUGAAUUAUGACGAAAAAAAAAAAACGAAAUUUACACAGCUAACAGUCACAAUUAUACAUAAAUCGAUAAUAAUAUGAAAAGCAAAUAUAUAUAUAUAUAUUGUGUGUAUAUUCGAAAUCUAACGAUAAAUAAGAUAUGAGACCAAAACCAAUAGAAACCGAUUAACUUUUGCGCGCCUUGGCAAAUUUUGAAGUAAUCUUUGAAGUAAUAUUAUUGUGAAGCCCCAAAAAGUAGACUAUGUAAACGACACCCAAAAAAAAAAGCGUAGAGGACAGUGCAAAUUCCAGAUCGGAGCGAGCCACACUGCAAGAAAAAAAAAUGAAAUGAAAAAUUAUCCGCACACCACAUACACUGCAGAGUUUUUCAAAAAUGUAAUUUAGACAACGAUGUUUUCGAUGACGAAUUGACGGCAGGCAAUUGAGUGUACAAGGCGCACAUUCAACCAAGGGUCCUGCGACAAGGACCUUGGGACUCUCCACAAUAUAUGAAUAUUAUAUAGAUUAUAGUCUCCCCAAUAGAGAUCGAGCGUGUAAUUCGUACGGAUAUAGACCCAAUAUGAUAAAAUGAACAAAUUCCCUGUGUUGUCAAAUGGCUUUAAACGAAACCCAAAUGGAAUAACUAAGGAAAUUAAAUCCAGAUACGAUUUGUAAUUUAGAAUUAAAAACAAUAUAAGCGGAAUAAUAUGUAAGAUAACCAAAAAAAACAAAAAACCAAAAGAACUUGUUUGGGGCGUCGAGUGCAGGAACACAGCAACAAUAUUUUUGGGCACCAAAUAUACAGUCAACUUAUUGUAUUGCAUUACGAUAUAUAUAUAUAUAUCUAUAUAUAUAUAUAUAUAUAUAUGAUACCUAAUGGGGUUUGCGAAGGAUGUCAUCAAUUGAUCCAUUGAUGGAGUAAACGGUUUUCCAAGCUAAAAACCAAAACAUACAAACAUAUUACAAUUAGAAUGUUUUAUGAAUUAUAUACACCUUAUAUACAUGAUAUAUAUAUACAUAUAUAGACAGACAUAUACAUGUGUACUUUAGCCUAGAGGAUAAGAUGUUGAAUGAAUUUUAUGUGAGUUAUUUUUGAUGUUGUAUAGUUAAAAAGAAAACAAAGCAAACCAAUUACCAAACCAAAACAAUCUCCCUUUAAGAACAAAAACCAAAAACAAUUGUUGGGCAUUUUAAAUUAAAGUAAACGUAAAAAAUUUAACAAAAUACAGAGUGCAAUACAAUAAAAACAAAAACAAAAAAAAAAAAAAAUUGAAGAAGGCACAGGAUCGAUUCGAGUCCCAGAACUACUCCACAAGGACAUUCGAUCCUUCUUUUGGGAAUGUAUGGAGGAAAACUAAAAAGAAAAACAAAACUAAAAAAGCUGCCUCAAGACAAGAAAGAUUAAAAAAAAAAAUAUUGAACUAAAUUAUAAACAUAUACACACACUUAUAUGUAUAUUUCGUACGGGCACAGUGGGGUUGCACUGUGGAAUUAAAAGGAAUUUUACCAAGAAAAUAAGCAAACACCAAGCAAGCAACAAUUAUUUAAACAAAUUUACAUUCAACUUAUUUGUAAAUCGGAUCUAUGGGCGUGUGUACGUAAAGUGUUUUUUUUUUGUUUUUAGUAUUUGUAACGUAUUUGUAUAUGUAGGGCAGAAUUUAGUUAAUAGCACAAGGGUUAAGGGUUAAGGGUUAAGGGUUAUUAAACACAAAAAAUGAAACGAAAAAACGAAACCAUUUAAUAUCCCAGUUAAUGAAGAAAAUGUGUAUAAAUGUUCCUCUAGCACCAAGCUACUAAACUGUUCUUCAGACCCUUGAGUAUUUCGAUCACAUUCUCUCACUCGACUCUGCUCCUUGAGUUGGACACAUGUAUAUCGAAUAAAUCGAUAACUAUUUACAUACUUACCAAAACUAUGUGAACUACAGAAAGAAACCAACUUAUACCAUUUUUGCUGACUGUACUCCUUAGGCUUUUUACACCUUUUACCAUUUUACUCGCAAAUGGCAGACUAUUUAAAUAUAUAACUUGACACUCGACGACAAGAGUACUCUUAGGCCCACAUCCACGCAGAUACAUAUAUACUCGCAAGAUCGGAUCGCAAAAAUAUAUAUUGUAUAUAUAAUAUAUAUAGAAAUGUAGACGGAUUCUCUGGCGGCACCCUAUAUAUGCCUCAAGAAUUAGUUUCAAUUGUUGCUGUCCUCGAGAUCGAUCAGAUCAGGUCCAUUGCAUUAUCCUCGACUUUGGUUGGGAAUACGACACACUAUACCCAUCCCCGCCCGACUCUAUCCACUUCUGAAUCUCAAUACCCCCUUCAAAGACCCCCUCCCGCCUGUGAUAGUGAUAAAAAAAAAAAAAAACAACAAAAAAUCAAGGUAAAAUAAAUUAAUUUGUUUAGGCUUAUUUCAUUUUUUACUAAUUUAUUCGUCAUGCAUAUUUUUUGGAGCCUGUGUGUGUGUGUUUUGUUUUUAAAAUGCUUUUACAUAAGUAUUAAAUAAUUUAUAAAAUAUACAAUUUAGCGUUAUACAAAUAUUAUAGAAAUUUUGAAAAUUUUACGAAGAUAAGAGAAACUAAAAACAAGGACAAAGGACAAAGGACGAAGACAAGAAACAAAACUAAACAAUGACAAUAUUCAUUUGUUGAGCAAAAAAAAUAAAAGAGAUAGGAAAGGGAAAAAGAAAAAAGGACACCGGAAACAUAUCUUGGUUUUUAGUUUAAUUUUAAUCGAUUGGCGAUGAAUUUGAUUUUUGGAACAGCCAGCUUGUCCAGCAAAUGAAUAGAAAACAGGAAACUGAAGCACACACAUGCACAUACACUGAGCGAAACUUCUGAACCAAUUAUACAAUAACAAAAAGAUAUAGAAAGAUAUAGCAUUCUAAAUGGUAACUGUACCUUUAACGAAACUCAUACGAUAGAUAUGUAUGUAUUUAUGUCCCUCUGAAGUAAUUUAUUUAUAUUUCGAAUAUCGAAUUUCGAAUUUCGAAUUUGAAACUAAAACUUCAACUUCAUCGAACAUCAUCGAUUUUCGAGCCGACAAUAUUUUAUUGAAUAUUGUGAAUAACUCAAUAUUUGAAUUGAAUUUUUAGCAUUUGCAUCGAGCAAUCGCAUUAAUCGCCCCUAUCCCCUCCUCCUGAUUUUGUAAUUUUUUUGCAAAAAUGGUUUCAUUUAACAAUUAUAUCUACACACCACAUCUUUAAGGCACACAAAUAAGCGCCGAAGAAGUCUCUACAGAUAUUUUUGUGUAUAUUUAAAAAAUGGAAUUCCCCCCACAAAGAAAAAAGCAAAAAAAAAAAAAUACAAUUUGGUCCGAAUUUUUUCAGGCAGCAAGGCAGAAACCGAUAAAAAUGAAUUGAAUAUUAUCAAGGAACGAUAUAUAUAUAUAUACAUAUAUACAUAAUAGUGCGUGUAAUAACUAGAAUCACAUAAUUCCAUCCACUUUUGAUAUUUUAACAAAUGAUAAAAAAAAAACGAGUAAAACGAAAAACAAAAAAAAAAAAAAAACUAUUUAUUAACUUGAUGAAGCAUCUUAAAUGUUUGAAUGUUGUCUUAUAAAAGUAAUAAAAACAAUUAUAUGAAAAUAUAUUAUAUAUUAUGGAUAUAUAAAAAAUAAAAGGGCGUGUCAUUCCUAAACAAAACAAAAAACGAAAUGUGGAUCAGGAGAGGUAGAAAAACAUUUAUUUCGUUGUGCUUUUUACACGAAAAUGUUGAAGAUCAUUUCCAAAAAUAAGAAAAAAUAUUUGAAAAAGGGUUCAAUCGACUUUUCUAUGGCCUGGUACAAAAGUUUCUAUACAUAGGCCACCGCACCACCCCUUCUGCCUCUGAUAUCCUUACACUAACACACAGACCCACACUUACACUCACACUUGUAUAUUUAUAUAUACGUAUAUAACUCUAAAAAAAAAAUAUAUAUAUAUAUAGUGGCACCAACCGAAAAAAAAAAGAAAUUAUGUAAGCAUCUAUGUAUAUUGUCUUAUUGUAGCAAACAGUUAUUGAUAUUUACACAUAAAAUUGAAAAAUAUACAUAUAUAAGAAUGCUUUAAAUUAUACUCAGAACAAGAAUAUAUACAAUAUACACUUAUAUAUAUUUACGAGAUACGGAAAACCAGAAAUCAGUUAGGAACCUUUUUCUAGAAUGUUAUGUCUUCCCUUUGAAUCAAUUAAACAACAAAAAAGAUGAUAGAAACAAUUGAUUGAAACCGCUUGACCAAAAACUAAAACUAAAACUAAAGCUAAAAAAAAAAGUGAAUAAAAAUUGAGAGAUGAAUCAAAGCUUCAAGAGAGAAUAAAAAAAAAAAACCAAAAUAAAUUCAACUUCAAAGUUAACUUAAGCACUGCAGCAGCCAAACAUAUAAAGAAAAUUGACAAACUACAAUAAGGACAAAUUUCUCCUUUUGAAAACUCCAAAACUCACACAGAACAACCUGUUUCAGCCAGCCACAAAUUUACCUACUACUUGGAAAGAAAACUAAAUAAAAACUACUAGUACAUAUACCAAAUAUGAUAUAUAUACUAUCAAUACUACAUAUAGUUUGCAGCAAUUCUAAUACUCGAACUCAAACUCAAACUCAAACUCAACUCAUUACCUAAGUAAGCAAUUCGAAUUGAAAUUGCGAAAAUUGCCAAUUGGUUCCGGUUCUUGACAAAUCUGUUGAUAGUUUCCUUAGUUCUAAACAAUAUACCUGUAAUUACCGAUGUAUAUCCAAUUGCGAUUACAACUAUUACUAAUGACGUAACAAAAAUCAAGACACAUAUAUACAUAUAUAUAUAUAUUGUAUUACCUAAUGAUAUAAAAUGACAACAAAACAUGAACAAGAAAAACAAGAAAAUGAGGAAAAUCGCAGACUACUCAGUGCAACAGAUAAGACUAGAAAUUGAUUACCUGAACCUUGAGAACAAAAGCUUGAGUUUUCUUUUACUUUAAACCAAUCGAUAUCGAUAGUCCGAUCGAUAGCCGAUCGAUGAUCGUACACAUGCAAUAAAUACAUAUAUAUACACACACAUAUUGUAUAUCUAAAAAAACAAAAAAGCUAUACCAGUAGAGUCCGGAAUGUACGAGAGCCACUUCCAUAUAGAUUGUAUUUUCAUUCAAGUCAGGAAAUUCUCCGGAAAAGUCCACACAACCUAGAACAGUUUUGGUUAUAGUCCUUAUAUAUCGAUAUAUAUCCUCCAUAUAUAUCGAUCUGUCCUACUUCUUCCCCUCCAACUUCUUUACAUGGUUGUGAACAAAAAUGGGAUUUAAAAAUUAGACCAAUUCCUCUCGAUUUGUUUCGAUCUCAGCCAGCAGAUUCUGUCGCACACGGAUGCACUGUAAACAAUUCCUAUGCCUUUUUAAAGUCACACAUACAACACACACAACACACACUCAGACUAAGACGAAGACAAAGCUAAUCAAUGAAUUACGAUCAUACGCAUAUAUAUAUCGAUAUUUACAACCGAAUACCGAAUAAUAAUCGAAACAAAUUGAAUUGUAGUGCUAUAUACGAAAUGCGAUGCUAACGCCAUUUUCCAGGUGUACGUCUUAGAUACUUUGCUCAUUGGGUUCUAAUUGUAGCUGGGCCGAAACCAAUCUAAACAAAAUAUUUAAUAUUAAUAUAUAUAUAUGAUAUAUAGCUAAUUGUGUGUAUUUACAUAUUAAAGUUUACAAAAACCAAACGAUUGUGGAGGAAUAGCUAUGUCCUGUAGAAUUUUUGAAAGCGUUUUCGUAUUCAAACCAAAAAAAAAAACACAAAUUAAGGCCUAAAUCUAAAUCUAAAUCUAAAAAACUAAAUCUAAAUCUAAAACUAGAGCAAAAUAUAUAUAUACAUAACAUAUAUAUAUGUAUUUCGAAUGAUGUCUAAAGGAAGCAACAACAACAACAAUUAAAAGUGUCUGUAUUUUUUUUUAAAAACAAAAACAAACAAAACAACAAAAAAAAAACAUUACAAUCAGGUACUGAAAUCAAAAUUUUUGUAAAUUAUAUAAAAGCAAGAGGUGUUUCGUCGACAAACUAUAACCGAGAAGUGGGAAUAUGAUACUAUAUACGAUAAUCUCGCGACUCUCACGGGAAUGAAAAUAUAUAUACUUACAUACAUAUAUGUACGAUGAUACGAUGAUACGAUGAUGAUGAUGAUAGAUGAUAGAUGAUAUGAUGGAAAUAUUUGAUCCUUAAUCAUUUCUUUAGUGCUCUUAAGAAAACAUUUUCAAUAGCAUACUUAGCAGGGCGGCCCAAGGGUUCAGCUUCCCUUUGAGGCCAAGAACGACACAAGAAUACACUUAAAGAAAUACGUGUAGCAUAUAUAUUAUAUAUACGUACGGCUAUAUACCAAUCUAGUUAUUACUCUUUGAAACUAAGUAGAUGAGAUGAAUCGGCGGGAGGAUCGACGGCGAAGAUGAAAAAUUGUCCAGACGUUCAACGAAACCAAAUGCAAUAUUUAAUUAUACAACAAAACUAACAUACAAGCAUAUUAAAAAACAUAUAUAUAUAUAUAAAAAUAUAUUUUACAAUUGAUUUAUAUACAUACACGUGUAUACAUUAUAUAAGUAAAUGCCACAUCAUUUUCGUGUAAAGCCUAUUCAAUUGUUUGUUGAACAUUUUUUGAAACAUUUUUCUUUACCAAAAACAAAACAAAAAACAUAUAUAUAUAUAAAAAAUAAAGAAAAGACAAAAAACGAGGAUGAAAACCAAGCUCACACAAAGUUACGCCAAAACCAAAACAAAAACAAAAACCCAAGAACAAAAAAUUUAUAUACAUUUAUCGAAGGAAAAAAUAUAUACAAGAGGGAUUAACUUUUAGUAAUUAAUGUAAGCAAAGACCAAAAAUGAAAUUAAUUUUUGAAAGAGGAAAACUAACAGAAAAAAAUAGCCUUACCAACACACACUCACUCUUGAAAAACCAAACAACAAAUUUUCAACUCUAAAAUUUUUAUAUUUUACGUUACGUAUUUCCCCUACGUUAUUCUGCAAUGAUUCAAAAUAUUUAAAAAUGAAAAACUAAAAAAAAACAAUGAAAAGUGAAAAAAGUGAGAACGUGAAAAUGGAGUAUAAAGCAGCAACGAGUAACGAAAAUAUUUUUACAAAUCUUGAAAAACGAGAAAAGCAGAAUUUUUUCAAUGCAAAAAACAACAUAAAUAACAAACUAAAAAAAAAAAAUGCAUAACGCUUCCGACAAUAAGCUUUGGCCACACUAUUAUAUUAAAAAUAAAAAAUAAAUCGAAAUGGGAACGGAAACGGAAAUGGAAAUGGAAAUAGAGAGCUAGGAAUUUUUGUGUUAUCGAAAAUGAAUCACAACGCCCAAAAAAGAACAACAACAGACGUAAGAGAAAUAUUUGCCCAAUUUAGUCUAUAUACAUUACAGAUAUAUAUAUAUAUAUAUAUAUACUGGUAUAUAUAUGUAUUUGUAAAUACCUAUGUACUUAUGUAGUAGCCUUGUUCUACUCUAUAUUUUUAAAACGGAGUUGUAUAGAAAAUCAGAAUCAGAAGCAGAAUCAGAUCAGCAAAGCAAAUGUAUUUUCAUGAUACGCAUUUGAAGCGAACAUAUCAAAAAUACCCGAUAACCGAUUACCGUUUACCGAUAACCAAUUACGAAUACGAAAUUAUCUAGAUUCUCGAUUCUAGAAAUUGCCGAUUACCGAUUGAAUGCUUUAGCUCUUAAAACAUAAGCACGAUUAAAUAUAAAUAUUUGGAAGCUGGAAGCUGGGGAAAUGUGUAUUUGAAAAAUAAUCGCAAACAAAAAUUACUGAGUAAAAAACCAACCUAAAAAUAAUGUUCUUAAGCUGUUUCAUCAUUUAUUAUUGAAAUAUAUUUACAAGCGCAUUUAUAACGCGAAAUGUGAAAAGCAAAAUAUGCAAUUAAAACCACAACAAAUACCACAAAAAAAAA